AAAUUUCACAAUAACCUACUAAACAAUAUUCUAAUUUUAUGGAUGAAACAUGCAGAGCUUGGACGACUAAAGCAGCUUCAGAAGAUUGAUGUCCAUGACAACUCCAUACAAGUUGGUUCACAUCUCUGUUGGGGGAAAAUUCCUUCACUUCGUUUCCUAGAUUUGUCAACAAACAAGUUAGAAGGUGACAUUACAAAAUGCCUGUGUGAGAAUCUUCGUGUCAAAGAGCUAUUUCUGUCCGGUAACUUUCUGAUCGGAAACAUUGACGCCACAUGCUUGAGAAAUCUGACUUCACUUGAAUACGUAGAUCUCUCUGAUAAUAGUUUCAAUGGCUCCUUUCCUUCGUUAUCAAUUAGCAACCUAAAAAAUAUUCAAUCAGUUAUUCUCUCAGGAAAUGAGUUCAAGGGCAGGAUUUCACUUUCGCACUUUGCGAAUUUAUCGAGGCUAAGUUACCUUGACAUCUCAUGGAAUUCCUUGGAAGUUGAAACUGAGACCAUAACUUGGGUUCCAUCUUUCAAUCUGUCUGUGCUAAAUUUAGCCGCUUGUAACCUCAAGACCAUCCCCAGCUUCAUUUCCUCACAAAGGCACUUGGAAUCACUAGAUUUAUCAUACAAUUCACUCAUAGGGAAGAUUCCUUCAUGGAUGCUUGACAAUGUCACUAAAAAAUUACAGCUAAGAGGAAAUGGUUUCAUAGGACCAUUUCCUAAGUCCUUUCAGAACAGUUCACAGCUUAAUGAACUUGACAUCUCUGAUAAUCUUUUAUCGGGGUCAUUUCCUGAAGAUAUUGGUGUCAAUUUUCCAGAAUUGCACAGUCUAAAUGCUUCCUGGAAUAAUUUUAGUGGCAGGCUUCCUCCAUCCUUUGGUAGAAUGAGACAGCUUCUGUUUCUGGAACUAUCAGGCAAUCAAUUCCAUGGAGAAAUCCCCUAUGGCAUGACGAGCAAUAUGAGCUCUCUUCAAUAUUUGGGAUUAUCUCGAAACAACUUGACAGGAGACGCACUUCCAAAAAAUUCCAGCUUGCCUAAGUUGAGGUGGCUUUAUCUUCACAGAAAUCACUUCACUGGAAACGUCCCAGAUAGCCUGUCAAAGAGCAAGGAUUUGCUGGUCGCUGACAUUCGAGAAACAGACAUGUCAGGUGUGCUUUCAUCAUACUUGCAUGUUCUCCCUCAAAUAAGAGUGCUCCUCCUUGGAGGAAACAAUUUUGAAGGGGAAAUACCACAGCAACUAUGCCAGAUGAGACAUUUGCAUGUUUUAGACCUUUCAAGGAAUAAUCUUUCCGGUGGCAUUCCGAAAUGUAUUGAUAAUAUUACUUCCUGGACAAGUGAGACACCUGAUCUCAACUUUCCAUGGCGCCGUUGGACUACAUUUGAAUUCAAUACCAAAGGUUUUUCAUAUACAUAUAGGGGAAGGUUGAGCUCCUAUAUGUUUGGCAUAGAUAUGUCCUUCAACAGAUUGACAGGGACAAUCCCUCUCCAAAUGGGACAACUGGGUAUGAUUCAUAGCCUGAACUUGAGCAACAACCUUCUCACAGGUCAAAUACCAGCAACCUUUGCAAACAUAACGGCGUUAGAAAGCCUAGAUCUUUCCCGCAACAUUCUCUCUGGAUGGUUACCACCACGUAAAGGACAGUUCGGAACAUUUGAUAAAUCUUCUUACAUGGGAAAUCCUGGUCUUUGUGGCCGACCACUGGAUAAGGAAUGUGAUGAAGUUCUGGGGAAGUCGUCCUCUUUCUUCCCAAAUAAGGCCACCACAAACACUUUACUACUACCUUCUCCUUGUAGCACGAAAGGGUGCGAGUUCAUGAAAGAAAGGAUCGUGUAAGCUUGAACAAUCUUUGACACCACAACUCUAACACUCCUCCUUGGUGUUAAAGUUGUAAAAUCAAAACAAAAAUAGAUUUAUGCCAAAGCACAUGGGAUCAGCCCUUUGUUGUCCAUCUUGUGCUUGGUUUUCACAUUUUUUCUCCACAGUCAUGUACCAUACUUCUCAAACAACCUCAGCUCCUCCUUCAUUACAGCUUUCCUUCUUUGGAUUUUGCUGCCUCAAACAAAUUUUGGAGGUUUUGCAACUAAGUUGCAUUUUCUGAGUAAAUAAAACAAGGAUUUUGGUACCUCAAAGUGCUGCUUCAUCAUCUUCUACAUCUUCUACAGCUUUCUUGGGCUAAAGACUUGGCUACUC